CUUGCUUCUUUUUAUACUUUGUCCGAAAGGAAAAAAAAAAAGAAAAAUCCUCAAACCGGAGAAAAUUCCGACAAAAACUUCAGCAAAAGCAAAACGGUGAUUGUUUCUACAGCGAUGAAGUAACUAUGGGUUUCUUCGGACGUCUUUUUGGUAGUAAGAAGCAGGAGAAAACAACACAUACGAAGACCAAGAGUAAAAAAUGGAGCUUCACCACCAGAUCCUCAAAUCCGGCGUCGUCUUCUCAUCCAAGCAAGAGACGCACAGAUGAAGAAAUCUUGGACCCUAACAAGCAUGCAAUUGCCGUCGCUGCUGCCACCGCCGCGGUGGCUGAGGCGGCACUAGCGGCUGCUCAUGCGGCGGCGGAGGUCGUGAGACUCACCGGAAGAGGUGGCGGUAGAACCUCGUCGGUUGCUCAAAAUAAUCGGGAUAAUCGCCGGUUGGUGAAAGAGUAUGUUGCGGCGGUGAAGAUUCAAUCAGCUUUCCGUGGCUACUUGGCGAGGAGGGCGUUGAGAGCAUUGAAGGCGUUAGUGAAGCUCCAAGCAUUAGUGAAAGGACACAUAGUGAGGAAACAAACAGCUGAUAUGCUGCGUCGGAUGCAAACACUGGUUAGGCUCCAAGCUCGAGCAAGAGCAUCACGUUCUUCACAUGUUCCUCCCUCUCCACAUUCUCUCCACGCACGAUGUGUUUCAGAGGCUGAAUACAGCAAAGUCAUUGCCAUGGACCACCACCGUUCCCAGCUAAGUUCAAGCCGGUUAUUAGAUCAAUGGAGGACAGAUGAAUCUCUAAGGAACGCAUCACAGUACAGUGAAGACAAUGACAAGAUCCUAGAAGUCGACACUUGGAAGCCUCACUUCACUUCCUACCACAAGGAGUCACCAAGUAAAAGAGGAUCUCUUACUACAAGUCCACAAGUAAGGUCAAGACCAGGAAGCAGUGGCAGUUCAAGGAGAAGAACACCGUUCACGCCUACAAGAAGCGAGUAUGAGUACUACUCUGGGUAUUACCCUAACUACAUGGCUAACACUGAGUCUUACAGAGCGAAAGUCCGGUCACAAAGUGCACCAAGACAGAGGCUUCACGAGUUGUCUUCAGAGAGUGGAUACAAGAGGUCGGUUCAGGGACAGUAUUACUACUACACAGCUGCUGCAGAGCGAUCGUUUGAUCAACGUUCAGAUAAGACGACGUAUUCUUCUUCAUAUCUCAGUUCAGAUCCUAAUUUGUUUUAAUGGUUUGAAGGAAUGUGUAAAUCAGAUACCGACAUACAAGUACAGACAGAGAUCAAUCUCUGUGUCUGUGAUUUUCUUUUGACUAGAUCCUACGGUACAGAUCUCGUACCAACAGGCUACUGUCUUUGGAUAGGGGUCCACGUUUGUCUGGUUAAAGAAAACUUCAAUAAUUUGUUGUGAUGUCAAGUCACAAGUUUGAUCAAAUGAAGGAUAGCCAC